AGGAACUGCGGUGUCGCGCUGCAUAAGCAAAAGUGUAAAAAUUUGGGAAGUGGGUUUUAGCGACAGGAACAGCAGAAAAUCACUGCAGACAUUAGCGCCGAGAAUAAUGGCAAAGGAGGGAAAAUGAGACGAGGUAUGAGCUUUGACUAUUGUCUGCUAUUUUAUUUAUUUGAAUGCUUCCUGUUCUGAUACUUUUUCUCUAUUGUGUCCUAUAUAUAUCUGGAUUUUUCUCUGGUAUAGUUAAUUAUAAAUUUAUUGAUAAUAUUUUCGAUAAUGUUGUCUCCCUCAAAUGUUGUGUCACUCAGUGUUUCGUGGUGUUGUCUUUUGUCUUUUUAUGUUGUAGGGUUCUUGUAUUGUCUUUGCUCCUUAUGACAAAUGAAAUUGGCCUUCAAUUCUGAGGCCUUGUUUGUAACUGAGCUUUUGUUUUUAUUUCCGUGUGCUGAUGCUUUGCAACUGUUUGUCAAAGCACUUUGUAAACUUCUGUUUUUAAAAGUGCUAUGAAAAUAAAGUUAUUAUUAUUAUUAUUAUUAUUAUUAUUAUUAUUAUUAUUAUUAUUAUUAUUUUCCUUUAUAUUUCCAUCAUGUUGUAAAUAUGUUGUCUUUUAUUCUGUCUGGUGAGUUUCCUUUUCUCUCCUUUAACACCUGUUAUCUACUCUAUACUCUUGUCUUUUUACACCUGUCACACGGUUUGCAUAUAUGUUAAAUCCCUGUUUAAAAAAUUCCUUGAAACAUCUGAGAAAAAGAUGCAAAAGUCUGAAUUAUAGCUGAGAAAGUUUUAUUGUUUUUAUUGUCUCCGGCUAUUUUACUGUAAAGCACUUUGGUAGGCCACUGGCUGUUUUUAAAUGUGCUUUAUAAAUAAAGCUGACAUUGACAUUGUGUAUUUAAACAUAAAUCCAUCUUGUAAACGACAGAAUUAUCUUGCAUGUCUGUCAUAUGGAGCUUGAAAAUUCCCCCGGAUGACUUUGGUUGUUCUUUACCCACAGAUCACAGCACCCACCUGCAGAUAUGGUGUCCAUCCUCCUUCUCUGUGCCGUGCACUUGUGCAAGAAAACCCAUGAAUAUGCAGACACAUGCAACCACACAGAGCACCUCUUUGUUGUGUUAUCUUGAAAGCGUGGCGUGUGUGGAAAGAAGACCGGAAAAAAACAAGUAGUGCUCCUGACAAGCUGAUAAGUGACAUUUUAAGCUGAGGAGGAAAAUUAAUCUCUUUGUGUAAGUGUUUUUUUUAAUUCUGUAACCAGUAGCCUCAUGCACAUUUGAGUAUGUAAAGUGCACUUGCUCCUGUCUCUUCAUCCUUUCUACCGUCAUCUCCCAGUCUAGGUUCUCCUCCUUCACCUCUAAUCCUCAAGCAAUGGACCAGCCUCUGUUAGGACAAGCCUCAGAUAGUCGCCGGGGCUGCUGCUCCUACAGCACCCUAAAAGCAUGGCUGCCCUGCCUUUCCUGGAUGCCCAAGUACAACCUGAAGUGGCUUCAGAUGGACGUGCUGGCAGGCCUCACUGUCGGGUUAACAGUUGUACCACAAGGGCUGGCUUACGCGGACAUAGCUGGCCUUCCUGUGCAGGUAAAUUCUUACUGACUUGUGCAAAUGUACUUCGAACUUUCAAAUUAUGUGGGAUAUAACUUUACAUAUCAUGUGCAAUGUAACUCCUCAUGUUCUAUGCAAACUGCUUUAAUAUGUGAAUUCUAACUUCCCAUAUCAUGUGGGGAAUUAGGUUCUGUAUCAAAUGUGUAAUAACUUUUUGAAUCAUUAGGAAGAUUACUUUUUAUUUAAUUUAAAAUUUCAUAUUUUAAUGCAUGUGCAAUGUUUCUUUUCAUACUGUCUGCACUAGAACUUUAUACAUCAUGCACAAUAGAUCUUUCUGUAUCAUGAGAAACAGAACUAUUUAUAUAAUGCAACAUCGCUUUAGUGUUAUAUCUUUCAGUCUUGAGGGGCCAUGUGCAAUUUUACUCAUCCAUCAGUCUCAUCAGCACCAUUUUUGAAUAUAACUUUGAUUUUGCUAUAAUGUGCAGCAUUAAUUUUAAUUGCAGUUAGACUUUCUUUUGUCUCCCAGUGUUAAUUUAUUUAUUAUUUUGCAUAUUCAGAGUUUUUGUGGCCCUCAGCACCAAUACUGAUAACACUGUAAAUGUAGCACCAUUACUUGUCUGUUAGCGAACUUAUGUCCCUGAACUGUUUGUACUUUUAUAGCUAAUAAAUAUUUGGCACUGUUUUUUUUUUUCAUUCAACCAUCAAAUACUAAAUGUUUUUAUUUUAUAAAUUAUAUUUGUGACUUUUUGUUAAGUUCUGAUAACUUGAAGGCAAACUGGUGCUACAGGGAUAAAUAGAGUUCUGUCCUAAUUUAUCUAAUCUUCACUGGAGUAUUUAUCAAUUUCAUCUGUUUUCUACCAUUUAAUCUCUACAGUAUGGACUCUACUCUGCUUUCAUGGGGGGGUUCAUCUACACUCUUCUGGGGACUUCUAAGGACGUGACUCUGGGUCCCACAGCGAUUAUGUCCCUGCUGUGUUUGUCGGUGGUGGGUGGACACCCAAACCAAGCCGUGCUGCUCAGUCUCCUCUGCGGACUCAUCCAGGCUUUUAUGGCAUUACUGAGAUUAGGUGAGGGGAGGGCUGCUCUGGUCAUGUGAGAAACCUGUGACUUCUUGUGGUGUUUUUUUUUUUAAAAUUUUGAUCAAAACUUGUGACUCGAGGCGCAUAACAGUUUUUAGUGAAACAGAAAAAAACGUGCAAGAGAGUAUUUUCUACAGGUUUCAACUAUAUUUAUUUGGGUAACAUGUUCACACCUGAAAAGAGAGUGAGCUGCACUUAAACCUGUUUAAACACUUUUAUUAUAAUCAGAACUAACAGAGGGUCAAACUUACAAAGUUUAUGGGACAGAACUGCAGAUGUUUUUAGUUUUUGGUCGAGGUCAGUGUCAUGGCUCUGUGAAUCAUUCAUGUUUCUCAUCGGCCUCUGCAGGAUUCCUGCUGGACUUCAUCUCUUUCCCCGUCAUAAAAGGCUUCACUUGUGCUGCUGCCAUUACAAUCGGCUUUGGCCAGGUUAAGGUGAAAGUUCAACUCACAGACCCCCCCCAUCCCCCACCCCUUACUCACACAUGCACACACACACACACACACACACACACACACACACACACACACACACACACACACACACACACACACACACACACACACACACACACUCUUAUACAACUACAAAAGGCAACAAAAUCAGACACACACACAUAAAAUCUAGAGCUCUGCCCUUUACUGGAUCCUGUGUCCAUUUCCUUACGAUACUAUUCAACUUUUCACGUUUAUAGUUUACAACCAGUUUUAUUCCAGUUUUAUAUGUGAACUUAUCAGACUGAACAAUUGAAAAUAGAACAAUAAAAAGUGAAUAACAUGAAGCAAUGAGGAUAAAACAAUGAACAAUGAACUCAACACACAAUCAAACUCCUAAAAGAAAUGGAUUACCCUCAAAAUUCAUGCAUUGUUGGUAGUUUGGAGCCUUUUUGCUCAUACAUCAAGUUUUAAUCAGCCUUAGUUGUCCGCAUCAGUUUCAGUUUAUUCUUCACAAAUUGACACUCUGCAUAUUUUUUCUAGAAUAUUCUAGGUCUUACGGGCGUCCCCCAAGAGUUCUUCCUGCAGGUGUAUUACACCUUUAAGAAGAUCCCAGAGGCCAGGACAGGUGACGUGGUGCUGGGUCUGCUCUGUCUUGGCGUGCUUAUCAUGUUGAUGUUGAUGAAGACCAAUCUGACCUCCAGUGACCCUGAUGACUCAACCUGCUCCACAGUCGCCAGGAAACUAGUGUGGACAGUUGCAACAAGUCAGUACCUGUCAGGUUGAGAUAGCGUGUGAGUGUGUGAGUGUGUGAGUGUGUGAGAGCGUGAGAGCGUCUGCUGUUGUAAGAGCCUUAUCCUUUGAGUCACUAGAGGGCAGCCAAGAGGGAUUUUAGUGGCAGUUGAGUCUGGCCACAGGUGUUUAAAGUUCAGUGAUUAUUGUGUCAAGGAUGCUACUAGGGAAGCAAACAGUUUUUGACUGUGCUCUGAUUUACGAUUACUGUUUUUUUUUAUAUUAUUUUUAGCAUUUUUACUAUAAAGGCCUUUAUCUUCAUUGAGUACACAUCCAAACAACAGGCCCAUUAGCAGCCAGGACUGGCUUCAGUGUAGGACUUGUCAUCAUUACCUAAAAAGAGACAAAUAAGAAUCUUCUGACUGAGAGUCGACUGUGUGUCUGCGCUGUUUUAACCUUCCUCUUUCCAUUCGUCUCUGUUUCAGUGCGUAACGCCCUGGUGGUCGUGGCCGCUUCCUGUGUAGCUUUCUCGUGGGAUGCUUAUGGUUACAAAGUGUUCACAAUUACUGGACAAACAGCUCAGGGGCUUCCUCCAUUCAGGCCUCCACCCACCACCGACACCGCAGCCAACGGCACUGUCAUCUCCUUUGGAGAGAUCGUGGAGGUAAGGUUUUUGUGUGAGAGCAGUUCAUUUUUUAAUCAGUGAUUGAAGAGAAACUUUCACUUCCUAAAAUCUUUCCCUAAAAAAGAGCAGCCCAGUAUAACUACUCCUCUCUGUGUGCUCGCUUUGCAGGGUUUUGGAGGAGGUUUGGCUGUGAUUCCCCUCAUGGGUCUGUUGGAGAGUAUUGCCAUCGCUAAAGCUUUCGGUAAGUGUAUUUAAACAUGACUGUGGGAAAUAGUCUUUAAGGUUUGCUGCUUUAAUCUAAGCUAAAAUAGUCACAGAUGGACGUCUGUCAUGAUUUGUUAAAGAUUUAAUCAUCUUCAGACCUCAGAGGAUAAAUCCCAGUGACUAUGAUGGGCCCAAUACUCUGGGAAGUCUGAGCAAAAUGUGUCAGCUGUAAGAAUGUCUGAAAAUUUGUGACAGACUUUCAUUUCCUCUUCAGGAUGAUCUGCAAUAACUUUGGUAUUCUCUUAUUGUAUCAUGAGGAUUGAAUUUGUAUUUGGCCAUUACUUCUGUUUAUAACCAGAGGCCCUGAAAGAGUAAUAAUACGACCACAAACAUCAGAUGCUCUUUUUGUGGCUCAGCUUUACGUGCAAAACAUCAGCAUGAAAAAUGUAGUCAGCUAUGUAGUCAACGUGAGGCCCAACAGAGAGGCUGAAAUAGUCACAUGAUUUCUGUCUUCCUUAAGAAGUCACAGUGAGUUUAUUAAAACCCACUAGGGCGUUAAUCAACCAAAGAAAGUCUUGGUCGACUAAAACCCUGAAAUCUUCAACCAAAAAUCGACCAAUUAAACACAAAUAUUAUAUUUAGCAAAUCACCGGACGUUGAUUAACGUGGACGCUUUUCAAUCUUCCUGUCUCGAGCCGGUCUCCGGUUACCUGUGAAAUUGGGAUGCUCUGAAAACACCCCUAUUAGCACUUGGUACGUUCCUCCUGAUGAGAUUUAUCAGUGACUGUAAAUCAACACAGAAAAAAAUCAAGUUGACCAAUCAGAAUUUCAGAAAUCAGAAAUUUUGUUCAUACAUUUUACAAAAAGAAGUCAUGGUUUAGAGGUUUUAAAUGUGGAGGGAUAAGAUUAUGAACAAAAGUAAGGAUGAGUGUUUAAUUUGAACUCUUUGUUUCUUCAUAGCCAGUCAGAACGACUACAGGAUCGACGCCAAUCAGGAGCUGCUGGCCAUCGGUGUGACCAACAUCAUGGGCUCUUUUGUGUCGGCGUACCCUGUCACGGGCAGCUUUGGCAGGUCUGUGAUUGUUGGUGUGGAAGUUUAUUUGAGUGAUGUCGUAUUUUUACAGUGCUAUUUUUUCCCCUCACAUCCAGGACAGCCGUGAACUCUCAGACCGGUGUUUGCUCUCCAGCUGGAGGGAUCAUCACAAGUGAGUCCGACCUCUUUUCUCCUCCCCUGUAUCUCUACUGACUCUUGUCGUGCUCUGUUUUUGCAUUUACUUUGUAACUUUGAUCUUGGAGGUCUAAAAUAGAAGUGUUUAAGUCAAGUUAAAUAGCUUUAGCAUCUAAUAAAAUCAAGACAACAUAACGUCAAACUGCAUGUGAAUAUAGAUACAAAUAACUAUCACCAUCUUCCUUUUUGCAGGUGUGAUUGUGUUGCUCUCCCUGGCCUUCCUCAUGCCGGCCUUUUACUACAUCCCCAAAGCUUCUCUCGCUGCUGUUAUCAUCUGUGCAGUGGCUCCCAUGGUGGAUUAUGGCGUUGUGGCGAAGAUGUGGAGGAUACACAGUGGGUGUCCUGUUCAAUCAGUGUUUCCUUGUCUCAUGUGUGUUUUAUCGAUCAUGGUUUAAUACCAGCGUGUCUCCUCAGAGCUGGACCUGCUGCCUUUUGUGGUGACAUUCCUGAUGAGUUUCUGGGAGGUGCAGUACGGCAUCGUCGGAGGUGUGGCUGUAUCUGGAGCCCUGCUACUCUACAACACGGCAAGACCACAGAUCAAGGUACUUAAAUAGUCUAAAUAAGACCAAGUGAGGGUAUGUGGGACACUUCAUCUAAUAUCCUAAGUAUGUGGACAUCAGCGUGAAAAUGCUGCUUUGAUUGAUUUCUGUAAAAGGGAUGGUUGUUUUUUAUUUAAAGGUGGGGUAGGCAGGAAUCUGUUAAGAAAGCAUCUUUUUUGUGGUGUAUAUACAAAAAAGCUGUAAAUAUCAGUCAAUAGCUAUUAGUUAUUGAUGACAUUUAUGAAUAUCACAAAAUCGCUGUGUUCUCUAAUGUCUGAGUAGUCAACAUUUUAAAAUUUUUUAGCGGUCCGCUCUUUCUGAUUGUAAACAAAGCUGUUCUCCACCUCCCCAACCUGAUUGGUUGUGAGGAAGUCGCUGCUCCCUUGUGUUGGCACGUGAGGCACGCUCCACGUCUUCAGAUAACGUGCAGGAGCCCAAAUAAAAAUUAGCGUGCUACAAUAUCUGACAGUAGAAACCGACCAAAAUUUUCUGAGUCCUCCUUUGACCACGGAAUGUCUGGAGGAAUAACGGGCCCUUAAAAAGGUGGUAGACCGGACAAGAGCUGACAAGACAAGACCUCAACCAAAAAGCCACCCAUAACCACAAUUAAUGCUCAGACCAGCACCUAACUUCAUCAACGGUACAUAUAGGGUCCCAGCCAUAGUACUAGCCCUGACCAGUCGAUCACAGAGUGUAGUGGAGUUUCGCAGCUCAAGGAAGAACAUGUAUGAUUAUUACUUCAUGGAAAUGCAAUCAGAGUUUUUGUGUAUCCUGUAUGUGCACUGCAGACGCGGUAGUUCUUCUGCCUUAGCGUCUCGGCCUGAUUGCAUUUCCAUAAAGUAAUAGUCGUAAAUUUUCCGCUGCACUCAUGAUCGAAUUGUCAGGGUUUCCCCACAAACAGGCGGCUGCUGGAGGAGAGUGGGUGAGUUCCGUUUGGUCUCUUUGCUAAAGAAAUCAGGCAAAGCUAAAAAGGUGUUUGAUGGCUAGUACUACCGUUGUGUAUUGCUAUCGUGCGGUUGUUACUUACGUUGGUAUAACUAGAAAAGCGAGCAUUUAGCAACAUCCAUCUCUCCAGGGGGUGUCUAACUCGGUGUUACAGCGUGUUUGACCCUAACUUAAAUUUACGCCGGAAUAUCCCUUUAAAUGCCUUUAGAUAUUUAAUAGUGUAGAUUGCGUUGACUGUAUGUCCCUGUUGCACUCAGGUGUCAGAUCACGGUGUGCUGCUGAUGGAGCUGGGUAGCGGACUCAGUUUUCCUGCCACGGAGUAUCUCAGCCGCAUCAUACACACUCAGGCCCUUCAGGGUGAGGACUUGUUUAAAGAUCUCUGUUUGUUUAGAAGACGCUCGUCAUAAUGAUGUGAUGUUGUCACUUUGUCCUCUCAUCUACUCCUUCUUUAAUUGUCACCCACUCAGCGUCUCCCCCGCAGUCAGUGGUCCUGGAUUGCCAUCAUGUCAGCGUCAUUGAUUACUCUGUGAUCAGUGAGCUCAGGGAUUUGCUGAGGCAGUUCAAACUACGAGGAGUGCAUCUUGUCUUUUCUGGAUUGCGGGUAAGACCUGAAACUCACUACAUAGACAGACUUUUUGUCAUGAAGCCCUUCAGGAUGUUUGUUUUUUUGAGUACACACUCCCUCUUCUUUGUUCUUCUCUACCUGCAGCCCUCUGUCCUGGAUGUCCUCCUGGCUGCUGAUCUGCAGGGCUUCAAGUAUACGAGCACUAUGGAGGAAGCUCUGCAGGUGGAAUCAUGGAGUUUCCUCAAAGACCAGUGAUGAUUCAGUUUGGAGAUUAUGAAGUUGAACAGUAAAUAACUACCUCCACUAACUGAUUAACUGGCUGUUGGACCCUGAGAGUCUGCAAGGUACCAAGUCUAAGGAAGUAUUACACCACAAACUUGGAAAUCUUUGUGGGACCUCCUGACACUACAUUAUCACCAUGUUGGACCACGAGUCUGCUCGGCAUUUUGUAGCAUUUUAUAAGCUCAGUAUGACUACGAGGAUGCUGUUUGUAUGAAAAAGGAGAAACUUGAGAAAUUAUAUGAGACAAAUAUUUAUAUAUAUAUUUUUAUGCAGAGACUUCCCUUUGUUUUAGCACUUCAGGAAAUAUCUUUUACAAAGCAGAUUCAAAUACAGGGGUGAUUAUUUUUCCUGACUUUGUCAGAGAGGGUCUCAUUAUUUAAGAAAAGGGGCGUCAUUGGCCACUAGAGUAUCAGUGAUUUUCUAACUGAUGAUAUCAUCGAUCUGUGAGGGGUGUUAUUUCUGAAAUAUUGUUUUUGAGUAAGAAUCAAAUUGAAGAGUCACAGUUUUGCUUCUCUAGUUAUACCAACUUUAGUAAAGACCGCACGAUAGCAAUACACAGCGGUCUACGUAUCCACGCGAAACCUCAACCAAAACGCCACUCUAUAGCCACAAAUAAUGCUCAGAACAGCACCUAACUUCAUCAACAGUACAUAUAGGAUCACAGCCAUAGUACUAGCCAUCAAACUUUUUUUUAACUUUGCCUGAUUUCUUUAGCAAAGAGACUAAACACAACUCACCUACUCUCCGCCAGCAGCCGCUUCUUUGUGGGAGAGCGAUGAUGAGUCGAUCACAGAGCACAGCGGAUCAUUUCCAUGAAGUAAUAAUCAUCACAAUAAUCAUUUUGCACUGCAGACGCGGUAGUUCUUCUGCCUUAGCGUCUCGGUGUGAUUGCUUUUCUAUGAAAGAAUAAUCAUAAAUUUUCCGCUGCACUCGGUGAUCGACUCAUCAGGGCUCCCCACAAACAAAUGGCUGCUGGAGGAGAGUGGGUGAGAUGUGUUUAGUCUCUUUGCUAUAGAAACCAGGCAAAGUUAAAAAAGAUGUUUGAUGGCUAGUACUAUGGCUGGGAUCCUAUAUGUACUGUUGAUGAAGUUAGGUGCUGUUCUGAGCAUUAUUUGUGGCUAUAGAGUGGCGUUUUGGGUGAGGUUUGUGCAUGGAGACGUAGACCGCUGUGUAUUGCUAUCGUGUGGUUGUUGCUGAAGUUGGUAUAACUAGAGAAGCAAGCAGUUGGUAACAUUUAUCUCUUGAGGGGGAGUCUAACUUGGUGUUACAGUGUGUUUGACCAUGGCUUAACCUGUACAAAUUUUAGAGGAGGGUGAAAACUCUUUAUAGGCAAAGACGAUGUUUAAUCAUAACAUAUUCAGUAUCAGUCAAAACUCAUUUUAUAUUUCCUUUCCACACCUUUUGUUCAUUUUUAUUGAUAUCAUCUAUUUGAAGGCAAUACAGGUUAAAAGUCCAGCCUCAAGCUGGUCUGACAUAUACAAAACAAUGGAGUGUUUGUGCACUUUGGGUCAGUUGAACCUGUGCUAUUCAUCCCUGUCCUCUGCCCCUGUAAUCUGUCAACUGUUUGUAGCUUAAGUCAUUGUUUACCAGGCUCUUUCAGAGAUAAAAAGCCCUUCAAAAAGUACAUGCAUAUUUAAAGCAGCACACCUUGUGUGUUUCCCUGAAGUUAGGUAAUGAUUGGGUUCAACCUGUUCACUGUUUAACAAGCACAAAAAAACACUUUUGAACCAUACAAUCAAAGCUACAAAAAACACGUGUUUUAUCUGACUUUUUUUUGAUAGUAUGAAGUUCAGGACCAUUUGUCCUUCCUAACCUUUGGUUAUGAAUCUUUUUUAACUGACUUCACUGUACAAGCACUUUUAAAUAUGGAUUUUAAAUGCAAAAAAGGUUAAAUGUCUUUUGUUUCUCUUUGUAUUUACGAUAUGUCGACACAGUUUUCUAUUAUUGUGUUUCUUCAGGUGACCCAAAGUGAAUCAUGUGUCAAUGUUUUUGUAAAGGGGGACCUAAAACUGUAGUAUCAGCACUUUGAUCGGUGCAGAGACAGAAGAGGAGAUGUUGACCUGUGUGGUGGGGACAUUCGAGCCCUUUGAAGGUGGUUGGCUUUCUCUCUCAUCGAUACUACUCCACUGUUCAGCUGUGAGAAAAAGUCCUCUGAACAAAUAAAAUGAGAACAUUUAACCACACUU